AUGCUCAUUCCACCUCGUGGACUCGGGCGCUUGGACCAUGCUCUCCCAUCGAUUUGUAUCGUUCGCGCCCAACAUCCCUCCUCCCGUCGCCUCUGGAGAACACCCACGCAAUCUGAUACCCCUCGUCCGUCUCAGUACCCUCGUUUCAAGGGAAGAAUGGCCACAGCUCCCCACCGGUUCUUGGAUAUAUUCCCUCCCGGGUUCGACAUGACGUCCGUCAGUCGGUCUUACUAUAGCUUUGCACCAGUACAGCUGUAUCACACGCUCACCCGCAGCUAUGAUCCCGAGAAACACAUCGAAUCGACGUUGGUGAAAUCAGUUUGGUACGGCAAGCAAACCAGGGGAGUGCAACAUGAAUUCAUCUUGGUUCAAGUUGAAGAUACCACAGUUCCGAUCACUAACUACAUGGUUCUCGAUCGCACUAUCCGUGAAGAGUCUUCAGGGGGUACCAUUCAGAUGCCCUUUCGGCGGAGAAGGACAAUAGGCUCAAGUCAAAGCUACUGCGGUCCGGCUGUGGAUGCGUUCAAGGUUUCAUACAACGGGAUUGAAAAUCAGCUCUUGGAUGAAUGCGAUCUUCUUCCUCGUCAGUACCUCGAGAAGAUCGAGUUUAGUCGCGGAAAUCCUCUGUAUCUCUACCAACUUGUAACACUCGUGCACGUUGUCUCGGAAAAAAGCACACAAUACACUUUGUCGGGUCAGAACUGCUAUUGGUUUGCUGGCUUAAUUUGGGAUUGCUUGCGCUCACUUCGACCGGAUGCACAGUAUGAUGGUCGUCUAGCAGAGAAGAGAGGGAAGUUUGCCAUCGUCCGCAACCUUCGUAUGCCAGAGAAAGAAGAGAUUACCGAGACAUGCGAUGCAUUCGAGAAAGAAAUUCAGACAGUGGACAAAAAUCUUUGGGAGAGUAGAAAGAAGCGGCAUGGGUUUCCCGACAUGGCCAUGAGAUUUAGGAUCCCUGAUGGCGGUUCAAACCAGGACUCCGAUGGAGCAGUCAGAUCAACUCCUUAG